AUGCCGUGGAACAUGUUCAUCACCAUCGCCGACUCGUACUUUGUCAACUACAAGAUGAUCGGCGAGGGCGGUAAGAACUGGUACUCGCUGAACUUCAUGUACUUCCUCGGCAUCUUCUCCCAACUGCCCAACCUCAUCCUCAACCUCAUCAACAUCUUCGUCCCCGUCAAAGGCGAACUAACCCCCAGAAUCACCAUCUCACUAACAAUCGUCGGCGCCGUCGUCGCGUUCACGGACCUCUUCGUCUUCAUCGAUACGGCAGCGUGGAUCCCCGGCUUCUUCUGGCUGACGAUGAUCUCGAUCGCGGUGCUGAACGGCGCCAACGGCAUCUACCAGAACUCGAUCUACGGGCUCGCGUCUGACUUCCCCUUCAAGUACACCAACGCCGUCGUGAUUGGCAACAACCUGUGCGGAACCCUUGUCGCUAUUUUUGCGAUUUUGGCUGUUUUGGUCACCGACAACAAGGCCUACCAGGCCUUCGGCUACUUCACCGUCUCGCUGUUGACCAUCAUCGGCUGCCUGUUCUCCUUCUUCAAGCUCAAGUCGCUGCGCUACUACCAGUACCACAACGAGCUCGGCAACGCCAACCGCGCCAAGGACGACAGCGGCCCGGCCAGCUUCAACGACUAUUUGGAGACGCUCAAGCAGGGCUGGCCCCAGUUCAUGAACGUGUUCCUCGUCUUCUUCGUCACGCUGACGAUCUUCCCGAACAUGAUGGUCUUCAUCAACCCGCACACCGUCGUCCCGGGCCCCAACGGCACCACCGAGCUGCACUACGACUUCGUUCUGCCGGAAAGCCAGUACAUGAACUUCUGCGUGUUCCUGCUCUUCAACAUCUUUGCCUUCUUCGGCAGUCUGACGGCUAACUACGUGCAGUUCCCAUCGCACGAAUACCUGUGGAUCAUGACGUGGGCCCGCGUGCUGUUCAUCCCCUUCUUCAUGUACUGCAACUACUACCCGCUGAAGCGCACGCUCGCCGUUUUAUUCCCCUCCUACUACACGUACAUCGUGGGCGCCAUCCUGAUGUCGUUCACCUCCGGCUACUUCUCGUCGCUCGGUAUGAUGUACGCGCCGCGGGUCGUCGACCCGAGCCGAGCCCGCAUCGCCGGCAUGAUGGCCGCCUUCUUCUUGAUUUUCGGAAUCGUCUCCGGCCUCUUCUUCACGAUGUACGUGCCACGAUUCGUCGGCGCC